ACCCUCCUGAGUGUCCGCAGGCCGCCAGCGCGCGUCGUUUGUCCGGACUUCAGCGUCUCUUUGGCUCUUCUCCACAGCGCACACUCUGGACCCUCCGGACGCGGCGGUUUGAACUCUUGUUGUGGCGGAGCUUUGUGCAGCUGCACCGGGCUGUUCUGGCAGGCUCUGGGUUUUCCUGGUGAUGACCUCACUGCUGUUCCCUGGCAACGCGCACGCUGCGAUGAAGGACCUCUCCUCUUCCUCCUCUCCUCUCAGCUCCCUGCUCCACUACCCGUCCUCCAAAACCUCCGUUGUGCCGUUCUCCCCGUCCUCCGGCGCCGCCUCCUCGCCCGGGUCAUCGCUGUCGUCGGCCCCGCUCUCCAAACCUCAGCCCUUCUGCCUCCAGACGGGGCCUCACCUCAUCGCCAGCAUGCAGCUGCAGAAGCUCAACUCACACUACCAGAACCUCGCCGGUGCCUCCGCUGGACACCCUGCACCCGGCGGUGCUCAAAGGGGAUUCGGCACCUCGCCUCUGGGCACCGGUAGCCAGCUUCUGGGGCCGUCCGGAGGCCUCGGCGGAGGUGGGAUGGGCGUCGGCAUCAGCAUGGGGAACCAAAGCUCCGGUGCAGGUGGAAUUAUCGACUUUGACCCCGUGGACGAGGAGGUCCUCAUGUCACUGGUGGUGGAGUUGGGUUUGGACCGAGCCAACGAGCUGCCGGAGCUUUGGCUGGGCCAGAACGAGUUCGACUUCAUGUCAGACGUGCCGGCCGGAUGCUGACCCACGAAAGGAAAGAACUCUCAAGAUGCAGCAGAAUUGAUUGACAAAGAGAGAAAAGACUUUCUCUCCCGUGUUUUGUUUUUCUCUUUCCUCCCUUUCUUGGUUGAUAAAAUGAGGAAACAGAAGAGACACUGAGUGAUAAAGAGAAAGAGAUUAGAGGCACACUCCUGUUUCUAUUUUGCUUUCAUGCUCUGUGCUGCCAGGCAGACGGAUAAAAGACAAAGACAGCUUGCUUUUGUUUUUUGGGGUAUUUUUUUUUUAAUGGCGUUUCGCUCUUGCAGAAAGAGAGCAAACAGUUUUUUGUUCCACUCAGUCAGUGAAUCUUUCUUUCCUAGGAUGAAACCUGCGGUUGAAACCGACCUAAUGGGAUUAAGAAGUCGUUGUUUUGCCUCUGAUUUUUAUCUUUCCUUUUGUUUAAAGAAAAAAAAAACAAGCAUGAGCAGAGUACGAACAGAAACAAGGGGUCGCAGAAAGAAGACUGCCGCUCCUCUCCUCUUUCUGGCAUCACUCCAUCACACUGGCUUAACGAAAACAAGGUGAUUAAGACCUGGCGGGUUGGAGGCGGUUCUGGUUGUUGGAAACAGUGACGCUGCCGCACCUGCCGGACUUUCUUUGUGUUGUUCUCUCUUGAUCAACACUCGAGCUAAAUGAAACUGAGAAACAAGACUUUAUGGGAGAUUCGUGAAGGAUGACAAACAGUAUGUUUCCUGUUUUCUUAAUGGACAAUAUUAGCCUCUGGUCUCACGGGAAAGAGACUCCUGUCUCUGGGCUUCACAAAGACACUGAUUGUCUGAGAACUGGUUAUCUCAAUGUACUUCUUUUUCGUCCUUUCUGUCUUUCUUUUUGUUUGAAUUAAGUUCAACCAGUCGCAUUCAUAGAACAUGUUAUUUAAGACAGUGGCUGAUAUACAUCAGGACUUCUGGACAAGGAGAGCUUCUGUAGUGCGUCUAUAAUUGGCUCUGACUUUUCUGAACAUAAUGAAUUAGAUCAAGGGAUGUGGAAUCUUUUGGAAGCACGGGACCUGAAUGGGGGGAAUUGUUUCUUGCUGUGGAGCGCGGCCUCAUUAAACCGGUCCAGGCCUGUUGGCCAAGUGAGUCGCCGUGUUUUUGUUUUCUCGCCUGUAUCGUAAAAGACACUGACCCAGGUGGACAAGUCGAGCUGGUGUCGGCGAUCCUGGAAAGCACUUCCACCGACAUUGAAGCUACAGGGUCUUUAACCCGAAUGGCAACAGAUUAAUUCACAUGCUCUCCUCUUUUUGUUUUUCCUGUUCCACCACUUUGAUGUUUAUGUAAAAACAGACCUUAUUAUCACCACACCUCGGUGUCCCGAUGAGGACGGAUUGCCUUGUUGCGUCUGUUUGAGGCAGCUGUUAGAACACCAGUGCAGGUUUAGGAAGGCUGGAAUCAGACCCAAGUGAACGAAUCCUUUCAGACUAAUCUCUUCAUGGAAGGUGCUUGCAGCUAACAUAUUAGCAUCAUUAGCUACCAGCUUCUGCUCAGUCCCUUUGCUCCACUGUCUCUUGAAGGCAGAGAUAAUAUGGAGGACAUCAUGAUAAGCUAGCAGUGCACUCUCUGGCAGCCAUAUUUGAGGUCCUGAUGCUCUCGAGCUUCACGCUAGCAGUUAUUUGUUCAACUUGCCCUGCUGAGCAGAAUCAAAAGUACAUUGUUGCCUUGGUUUGUCUAGUUGCUCCUGGCUAGCUAGCUAACAAUCGCUAUCUGCUAAACAUGUUGUUUUGGCUGCUGUAACAUUAGCAUCAGCAAAAAAGCACACAAGUCAAAAUGUUUUCACGUGAAAUUUGUAUUCAUCACUUUAAAAUAGUAGCAGCUUUUUCCAAACGCAAAAAUUUUCAAGCUAACAUGGACAAGAAGUCCUAAAAGUGCUGGACUGCGUCAUAACAGCGACUGAGCUCACGCAUCGAACCCAUCUGAAGACCAUGUGGUUCGGUUUAGGCUAGGCUGAAUGGGUGUCGGGGUUAAAUUGACACCCGCCUCCUGCCCACCUAUAGGAGCUGUACUGUGCAGGUGGAUGCAGGUAGCAUGGGGGCUCCGACCUGUAUCUGUUGUGGUAAGAAGAGACGGGGGGCUUGAGCUGUGCGGCAGGAACAAAGGCCUUUCACCUCCGCCUGGUGUGUCUGUUAUCUGGCCAUUGUCUCCUCUUGGACCACACACUGGAAAUAGCACACCUGUGUGUGUGUGUGUGUGUGUGUGUGUGUGUGUGUGUGUAUGCACACAAAGAUGUGACGACCCACCUGUAUGUGCUUUCACGUCCAUACAAACACACACACUGAAACCGAACAAAGGCACUGACAUAAACCUACCACACACACACAAACACACACGCACACAUACACACACACACACACAGGAGCAUGGGGAUGGUGUUACAGCGGGGAAAUGGGAGUAGCAGCCAUGAAACAGGCACUUGUUCAGUUACACACAGACUUCACAGGGUAUUGGGGUUGUGUGUGUGUGUGUGUGUGCAUGCAAGUCUGAAAAUGCAGUUGUGUCAGUGUGUAUGAGGGGAAACGGGGGUCCACGUGGAGCUGGGCCUCGUUAAUUUAUUUAGAUAUCGAUGGAUCAGCUUACACACACGCCGCUUUCCUCAACAGCGCACGCAUACGUCUCAAAUCCUAUUUUCCUACACACACACUCCGCCUAAUACCAGUUUUUGAUGCUCAUUAGGGUCUCAGUUACAGUCAAUGAGCACCAAUUUUCUUUUCUUUCUUUAAUGAAACGCGAGAUGCGGCGAUUAAUGAAAACCCGAUGAGGGAGUAAUUUGACAGAAUCCUUUUUUAAGGGGGAUUUGCCGGAUAUUGCCCUCGUAACAGCCGAGAAAGAAAUAAAGAUGCUUCUCAUCACUCCCAAAUCCAGCAGACAGACACGCCGGUUCUGUUCUUCCCCUGUCUCGCCGCAGAAGUGGGUCAGAAAAACAUUCUCCAGAUCGAAGACAGUCCUGUGUUUGUUUUCCUCCGCUCGGCAUUGUUUUAAAGCAUUGGGUGUGUGUGUGUGAUGUUUCGUGGUCCGGCCUUAAUCCCAGCUGACCGAAUGUUAUUUUUCUCUGUGUGAAGCGGAGGGAGGGUCGCCCCUCUCCCCCCCCUGAGAAGUUGCCUGGUCGAGAUGUUUGAAUCGUCUGAGGGCUUUCAUUUCCUUGACGCCAGAUAUUGCAGAUUAACCCCGGCAGAGACCUUUGGAGCCAAAAUAUACCUCACGGCUAUUUGGUUUCUAAUGACAAAAACUUAGAUCGGUGUAAAAGAUCCUCAUUGUGGUUCCAAUUUGCUUGGAGUACCACAUGGGUGUAUUUUAGCACCUAAUUAGUGCACUAAAGUUCAGGUCACCACGUUAAACUAUCUGAAAUGAGGCAUUUCUCUGAUGGACAGCUGAAGCUGAUGCUCGCUUAAAGCUGCACGCUGCUGGUUGGAUGAGCUUAAGCUCAACAUGAACUUCAUACAGGUCAUUUAUGAACACGCGCCAUCAUUUUUAGACUGAUUCGCUUUCUGCAGUGCAUCCAUGGGCCUCAGUUUUUUCCAGAGCUCCAUCAAAGUCGUAUUUUCUUUAAGUUUUCAUGCUGUUGUGAACUGGAGUUGUUCAUUUGACUGAUCUGGUAAUGGAUUCAUUCUUUUGUUUUUUUAAAAAAAAAGCCAAAAUUAGCUUCUUUCAACCUCUCAAAUGUGAGGAUUUCCUGCUUUAUUUGUCUUAAAUGAUAGCAAACUGAAUAUCUUUGGAUUCUUUUGGAACUCUCAUUAAUUAAAAUGGGGUGGACAAAUUAAGAGAAACACCUGCUGGUGUAACUCAACGCAGUUCAGCAGCACCAGAAACCGCUUGUCAAACAUUAGCUGGAUGAGAAGAUCGAUUAAUGAACUGAUAAAUGAGCUAAAGCCACUAGCGGGUUAUCUUAGCUUAGCACAAAGAGUGAAAACAGGUGGAAACAGCUAACAUAAUCUGCCUAGCAACAGCUCACUAAUUAUCAUGUCAUGUUUCGUCUGUUUAAUCCGAACAGAAUCUGCACAAUUCACUGUUUAACGGAGGGUUUUGGACCAGACUAUUUCUUGGCUCUGGGCAGCGAACACGGGACGCUGCUGCUCCAGCUCUCACAGUUACAGACAUUAAUUCUUUCUUCAGAUUGUGUGUUUUUGGAUGUUGAGGUGGGUUUUCUUCCUGAGUAAACCUUCACGGCCCGUACAGCUAAUGAAGUGGAUUUACAGUUUCCACGUGACAGCGGUGAUUUGUCACACACUCGGCCGUCGCCUCCGGGCCUCAGGGUCAUGAAAAAUGUUCCGACACAUCAAGGCCUGUGAAAACCUUCAACACGAGCGGUGAUGUAUCUGUUAAAGGUCGCCGUUACAAGGUUUCCUCUCCACAGUAAUGAAACUGUUCAGCUGCUGCUCUGCUGCCAGGUCUGCUUGUGAACCUGAAGUAGACCCUGCACUGAUUUAUUCCCUCUUUUGAAAUCAUAUUUACUUUUAAACCUGUAGAUUAAAAUCUUACUCUGUGUUUUAUUUUGUUGGUUUAACGUGCAUUUUCUUUUUUUUUUCUUUCUAACGAUAAAAUGAAUAUUAUUCAGAGAUGAUUCUUAAAGCACUUUUGCUCACCGGCUCUCACUUGUACAUCUAUAUGAAUAUGUAAAUGACUGAAAUCAUAUUGAAAAAAACGCUUGUAUUUUUGUUACGGCUCUGAGUUUCGGGGGGGAAA